CCAGCCCACAUAAGGUUUCCAAAAAAAAAAUGCAGACCGGAGCAGAGCAGACCGCAGCAUUAUAUUCACCCAACGCAGCCGGGUAUUGAUUUGAUUGAUGCGCGAAAUCAAGAGGAGGAGCAGAGCCGAUUUCGAAUUUCGUUAGUCUCUCUUUUAAUCAUAACAAUCAGGUGGUUCAAAAUGGAGUACAGAGGGAGCAACGAUGCGAGCAGAGGAGAUAAAUGGAAGCAUGGAAAGGAACAGGACUCUCUUAUUGAGGAUCUGGUGGACGAGUUUCGGUUGCCAAUUUAUCAUAAGCCAACUGAAAAUGUUGAUCUCGACAAUGUGGAACAAGCAUCUCUUGACACAAAGUUGACAUCAUCUAAUAUUGGCUUUAAGCUUUUACAAAAAAUGGGGUGGAAAGGGAAGGGUCUUGGGAAGAAUGAGCAAGGAAUAAUUGAGCCGAUAAAGUCCGGGAUUAGAGAUCCAAAGUUGGGUAUUGGCAAACAAGAAGAGGAUGACUUCUUUACCGCAGAGGAGAAUAUCCAGAGGAGAAGACUAGAUAUUGAGCUGGAGGAGACGGAGGAAAAUGCAAAGAAGCGGGAGGUGUUAGCAGAGCGGGAGCAGAAAAUUCAAAGUGAGGUGAAAGAAAUUCGGAAAGUAUUUUAUUGUGAUCUCUGCAACAAGCAGUACAAAUUGGCUAUGGAAUUUGAAGCUCACUUGAGCUCGUAUGAUCACAAUCACAGAAAGCGAUUUAAAGAAAUGAGAGAAAUGCAUGGUACUGGCAGCAGUCGUGAUGAUCGGCUAAAGCGGGAACAACAACGCCAAGAGAGAGAGAUGGCUAAGUUUGCCCAGAUGGCAGAUGCUCGUAAGCAGCAGGAUCAACAGCAGCAUGAAGAAUCUGGGCCUGCUUUGGAAUCUAAUGCACCAAGAACUGUCACCGCACUCGCUGACCAGGAUCUGCGGAAGGCUUUGAAGUUUGGAUUUUCCUCGAAGGUUGGAACUUCUAAGAAUUUGUUUGUCGGUGCUGCAAAGAAGCCAAAGGUAGCUGUGGCCUCAGUUUUUACCAAUGAUAGUGAUGAUGAAAAGUGAAGCCCAACUGUAACUAGUGCAUAACCUCAGUGUGUGUAACUUAUGUAGUGCUUUCAUUAAUUGUUCGGUUAGUGUCAAUGUAGUAACACAUUGCCCAUGGCAUCGUGGUUGUCAUCGAAAGGGGUUUAAUAAGUUUAUGGGAGUUCCAGAUACUUGGUCCAAAGAAGAAGUUUUUUAUUUGACAGAAAUAUUUUUAAGAUCAUGUUUUUGUUUUGAUUGCACGUCAUUGAAGGAAUGGUUUUGUUUUUUUUUUUUUU